GACACUCAGUUUUGCUUGGCACCGAGGUUACAAUGGCAGCUCAACAAAAGAUUGGAGAUUAUGAGAUCGAGAGGGUUGUCGGCAGCGGUUCCUUUGGGAAGGCUGUCCUCGUCAAGGACAAAAAUGGCCACAGGCAGAUUAUGAAGUUGAUCAAUACAACCCGAAUGACUCCCGAAGAAGUUGAGGAAGCCAAAAAUGAGGUUCAGGUUUUGACGAAGCUCGUGGAUUCACCAUUCACUGUAUCGUACAAAGGUGCAUUCGCAUCCACGUACCUACGCGUUCCUCACCUCUGCAUCGUCAUGGAAUAUUGCGCAGGGGGAGACCUCGGGAAGCUCAUAAAAGACCGAAAACGGCAGGGGAAACCGUUCAGUGAAACAACCCUCCGGACGUGGCUUUUGCAGCUAACUCUGUCUCUACAUUUCAUGCACAAGCACAAAAUUCUCCAUCGUGAUCUCAAGCCCGCAAACGUCUUCCUGGAUCAGGACAACUACAUUCGAGUCGGUGACCUAGGGCUAUCAAAAAUUCUCGAGUUCACACUCCAACAAGCGAAGACGCAAUGCGGCACUCCCGCCUUCAUGGCCCCCGAACUCUGCCAGGGCAAGCCGUACCAGACGCCAGCGGACAUUUGGGCUCUUGGUUGCAUUAUGGUGGAGGCCGCCACAUUUGAACUACCGUUCAGGGGAAUAACGUUCCCGGAGCUGAAUAGAAAUAUAUGCCAUGCUCCUGCCCCUAAACUUCCCACACGAUACUCACUUGACUUGAGGACAAUCUGCGAGUCUAUGUUAGCUAAGGACCCGAAGAAACGACCGACGACGGAAGACAUUCUGAACUCUCCUGCGAUACGAGCCCAAUACCACGCAUACAAAGGGAAGUAUUCCCACGCUUGAGGAAAGAUUCCUUAAUCUACUUUCAGACGGUCAAUGUUUAACCAUGUUAACGCCACCUUUUCGUGUAUGUGCCGCUAUGUGGGGCUGAUGCUUCAACAGGUUUUCGAUUCUUGACUCAUAGCCACAGCUUUGACGCCCAUACCCGUGUACAUACGAUGGGUAUUUUUCUGAUUGCCACGGUUUCAGCUCAUGAUGGAGACCUUUGUCUAAAUUAGUGCGUCCCG